CACUGAAUUAGUUCCCGCUGAUCAGCGGUGUAGUUCAAACGUUGUGUAUUCCUAGUGGUUUUAUGACAGCUGUGCCACUCUGCGGGAUAAAGUGUCACAUCAAGAGCGAUCAUAACUCUUGCAUAUAUUGAGUUGUUGGGAAUAUUGGAUAAUUGCCGUCUCUAUUUGCGAAUAACAUCGUGUCCCUUGAUUUAUGUUCGUUAUGAUGACUUCCUAGGGUUCAGAGCUGUUGACAUCAAAUGAAAUCUGUUUGCCCUUUCUAUUAAUUUAUUGAAUGACAUGAAUUAAAAUUAAUUGGACUUAUGGCUUCCGUCAAUUCGGUGGAGGUGCCUGUGACCAAGGUGCUUCUGGAUGUGGUUUUAUUGUUAUGCGUUGGAUUUCCAAUUCUGUUCCUAUACCUGUGGGGCACUGCGUACCAAAGAGGAUUCUUCUGUGAUGAUGAAAGCUUACGACACCCUUAUUAUCCUUCAACAGUACCUAGUUCUUAUCUCUAUAUAAUUGGCAUCGGAAUGAACUGUAUAGUGAUGGUACUCACAGAAUACUUCAACUGUCCCAAAACGAAUAAGGAAGUGAGAUUCUUGGGAAAAAUCAUACCGAACUGGCUUGUAAACACCUACUGUGUCCUUGGUGUCUUCGCUUUCGGCAUGGCUUGUUCCCAAUUGACGACAGACAUUAUCAAAUACACAGUAGGAAGACUGAGACCACACUUCUAUACGGUUUGCUUGCCAAGUGUCAACUGCACGAAUGAUUUUUUGGGCCAUAACCAUACAUAUCAUACGGUUUUCACUUGCACAAACGAAUUGUAUAGGCACAAUAAGCAUAUUAUGAAGGAAUUGAGGUUAUCCUUCCCAUCCGGACAUUCUUCAUUUUCCAUGUUUACAAUGACAUAUUUUGCGAUCUAUCUGCACAAACGAAUGACCUGGGAUGGUUCUAAAUUAUUGAGACACACCUUACAGUUUCUGGCUGUAUUGGCGGCUAUCUUCACGGGAAUGACCAGGAUAUCCGACUACAAACACCACUGGAGCGACGUAUUGGCAGGACUCAGUUUAGGGUGUGCUAUAGCAAUAAUCACGGCAACUUGUUUUUCGACACUCUUCCCUAAAAGAGAUGAAGAGUCCCUUCUGGAAAAUGAUUCUUCAGAAUUGUCAAACCUGAAUGGAAACAGGGCAGCUGCUAGAGUAUGAAUAUAUUGGUAAAAGUUUUUUGAGCUUUGAUAAGAAUACUCUUCAUCUAUGUAUUAUUAUUAUUUACUACAAUAUAGGUAAAAAAGUUUACUGUAUUCCAUUCUGAAUAGAAUGACUGGAAAGUAUUAUCAGUAUACCUAUAAAACUGUUGAAUCGAAAUUUUUCUAGAUGUAUUAUAAUUCGUACUAUUUGAAUUGUUUAAAGCAGCUAUAGAUGGGGUAUUUAAAGGACCGAUGCUUUUAUAUCGAUAAGAUUGCUUUCGAAAAUGUCUGAUAGUGUUGGUGAAUUGUAUUGUUUCGUUUUUUUUUCAAUGAAAAUCAGAAAUUAUGAGCGAUAUAUGACAACGACAUCUUCUGCCGGUAGGAAUGGCUUCUAUCAAUUAAGAUAAUUUGAUAUAGGUCUUCGCAAUUUGAUCGAUUAAUAUAUCGUUAGUGCCAAAUCUUUUAUAUAAUCUUUUUUCCUUUAAUUGAAAUUCCUUCAUUAGAAUAUAUCGGAAAAAAAAAUUUCAAUUUGAAAAUAAUCUUCAUAUUUGAAUAUAUGAACUAAUAACUGUAAAUUAUAUGUAUAAUAAAACUUUUUUCAAAAAUAAUAUAUUUAUCAAAUAUUUAUAAAUUGAAAGACAACUUAUGGAAUCAAACUCAUGAAAAUCAAUCUUCGAUUCGAAUGAACAAAAUUAUCUGUCGAAGAAAAGCAGCUUUAUCUAACCUUUUUUGAAGACAAAGACGUUAUUCGUUUCAUAAUUUAAUAGAAAGAUUGUUAAACAACAUGAUUGUACCUAUUUUGGUAUAGAAUCGAUAGAAAUAACCGUUAAUUUUCAUUUUAUUCAUGAAGUUUUUGUUUUUUUCAACACUAAUUCUGGAUUUGUUACUAUUUUGUUAGGACGGAUUCAUAAUUAUUGGGAUAAAUGAUUAUGGGACCUAUGUAUAUAUAUUGAGUGAAUUCUCACAGGGUUCUAGGUCGAGGAUUUUUCUCACAAAACCAGCUUUUGGAAAAAAGGCCAACUAGUUUCAACUUUAUUUUAAAGUCUCCAUCAGGGCUCUGAAUGUACAACAUGAACUACAAUAAUAACUUAGAUGUCUAAAAAUUUUAGGAUUACAGAAUUAUUUUGAAUAUUUAAAAACUUCUUUACAUAGACAAAAUAAUAUACAUGAACCACAAUAAAAAUUCAGAUGUUUGAAACUUGAACAUAACAACACUGUUUGGAAAAUUAUUAAAAAGUCUUAUUUAUUGAUUUAUUCAUUUAAUUAUUUAUUUUUGUGUUUGAAUACAUCGAUCAAUAAGUGAGGAAGCAGGCUUGAAAUCUAUUGUAAUAAAAACAAAAAUUUUAUUCGUACAUUUCAGAGCCUUAUUAAAAAGACUUUAAAAUAAAUAGUUGGCCUUCUUUCCAAAAGCUUCUUUUAUGAGAAAAAUCCUUGACCUAGAAACCUGUGAAAUUUACUCAAUAUAUUUAUUGGGAUCAGAUUAUGAGUUGUUGUUUGAGAAUACACAUUUGCCUCAAUUUGUAGUUUCAUAUUUGAAAGGUUUUUAGGAAUAUUCUUCAUAUCUAAAUAUCCCAUGGAAGUUAUCAGGAAAAUAAGUACUUGGAGUGCAAAAACUCUCAACAUUCAGUAUUUUCAAUGUGUGACACAAAAUUCAAUUAACCCUUAAUAUUGUUCUGCAAUAUUCGAAGUACGAUUAAAAAAGUAAUUUAUUGAAACAACAAUAGGUUGAUUACAUCUCUAAAUAGAAACAUUCGUUUGUUGUUCUGAAUAAACAAUUAUAGUACCUACAAUGUUAUAAACUAUUUUUCCUCGAUUAAAAUGAUUUUGCUUCAUGGGUGGACAUGAUAUAUAAAUACAUAUUAUCAAUUCCUUGGAAACGUUCUUGUAUUUAUUUGCCAAUUGUUUCACGUUAUCUUCAAUCAAAUCGUUUGACCUUUCUUUAUAAACUUACAUAUUAAAUUAAUAGUUCAAACAAUGUAGCAUACAAUAUUAUGUUAUUUAGUUUCUGUACUUUGAUUCAAUUUGCAACGACGAAUAAUUCGAUAAUUAUUUUCAUUGAUUUAGGAAAUUGAUUAAUUUUAAUCGGAUUAUAUUGCAAGUCUUCUCUGCUCAUUUCUAACAACAUAAAUUUCUCGUUUUAAUUUAUUGGAGAAUCAUCCUGUAAUUUUAAUGUACAUAUGUAACCAUUGAGAUUAUGUCUGAAACAAAUUUAUUUUUUUUUUGUAUUUUUGAAUUGCUUUUUUUUCUGUAGCUGUUAAAUUGACAAAAAUCCGUACUAUAUUUAUAUAAUUCCGAAUUUUAAAUAUUCAGUUAUUUGAAUGUGGAAUACCAUUUGUGAUAUCAAUUUUGUUCACUAUUUGUGAUUCUUUUAGUUUAUGUUAUUUAUUGAAAUAAAUGAAAAAUUCGAAAUUUCUUGAA